GAGAGAGGUGUGCUGAGCGCGAGGCUCCGGUAGCCCCCCCUUCGGGAAAACAAAACAACCGGAGCCAGAAAUGCCCCACCGCCCAGCUGCUGACUGCCUUAACGGGCUCAUGUGAUGCAUGUCAUAUAUUUAUAUAACAUUUUUUUUAUCGUAAUCGAUUUCUGGCUGUUUUGACGUUAGUUUACUUGCUAAUUGGCUAGCCAUCGAUCGAUUAAUGGGUGUUGUGGCUGUGAGCGCUGGUUUAUAGUGUUUACUAUCUAGCUCAUCAUACUGAUAUUAAGGCUCUUACCCGCGGCUUUGGUGCCUCGGUGUUUCUUCAUUCAGCAAAAAACACGAAGAAGCUGGAGCAAAAUAAGAAUGGGUGCAUUCCUAGACAAGCCAAAGAUGGAGAAGCACAAUGCUCAUGGUGAGGGGAACGGCCUGCGCUAUGGACUCAGCAGCAUGCAGGGCUGGCGUGUGGAGAUGGAGGACGCACACACGGCUGUGACUGGGCUGCCUUACGGCCUCGGCCUGUGGUCUUUUUUUGCCGUCUAUGAUGGGCAUGCAGGCUCUCAGGUUGCUCGUUACUGCUGUGAGCAUCUGCUGGAUCACAUCACCAGCAACCCGGACUUCAGGAGAGGCUGCUCAGGAGGUGGGGAUUUAAUUAAUGCUGAUCCCUCCGUGGAGGGUGUGAAAGGUGGAAUCCGCACAGGCUUCCUGCAGAUCGAUGAGCACAUGCGGGCCAUGUCCGAACGCAAGCACGGGGCGGACCGCAGUGGUUCUACUGCGGUGGGUGUGAUGAUUUCUCCUCAUCACUUUUAUUUCAUCAAUUGUGGUGACUCCAGAGCCUUGCUGAGCCGCAAGGGUCACGUUCACUUUUUCACCCAGGACCACAAGCCGAGUAACCCCCUGGAAAAGGAGAGGAUCCAGAACGCAGGUGGUUCUGUUAUGAUCCAGAGGGUCAACGGCUCCCUCGCUGUCUCCCGUGCUCUCGGCGACUUCGACUAUAAGUGUGUGCAUGGGAAAGGCCCUACUGAGCAGCUGGUGUCUCCGGAGCCAGAAGUGUAUGAGAUCGAACGCUCUGAGAGUGAGGAUGAAUUUGUGGUGCUGGCCUGCGAUGGCAUUUGGGAUGUCAUGGCCAAUGAAGAACUGUGUGAUUUUGUGCGCUCACGCCUGGAAGUGACAGAGGACCUGGAGAGAGUGUGUAAUGAGAUCGUGGACACGUGUUUGUACAAGGGUAGUCGUGACAACAUGAGUGUGGUGCUUGUAUGUUUUCCUGGGGCCCCAAAAAUCAACCCAGAAGUGGUGAAGCGAGAGGCGGAGCUAGAUAAGUACCUGCAGAACAGAGAGGGUGGAGCAUGUAAAAAGGCGAAUAAAUAAAAUGUAGUCCAAAUACGAAGGGAGAGUUCUAGAAAGUGAGCAUUCUUACUUAAUUAGGUGAGUUUGUUAGAUGGCAGUUUACACUUACCAAUUAAGAAUACGUUACCGCUAACGUAAAGUUUCCAAUUAACGAAUCCCCAUAUUGGAGAGGAAAGACUCACUGGUACUGUAUUAGCAAAGUUUGGACUAAUAAGAAUCAAUUUUAACCAGAGAGAAAUACCACAGUGUGAAUUUAUUUGAGCUUAUAUUGCUAAUUAGUGGCCUUUAUUUAUUGCUUUAUUUAUAGCUCUUACACAAUUUAGAGGUAACCUGUAGCUUUACCAGAGGUUUUAUUUUAGUGCAUCCGAGAAUCCUCCAAACCAGUGCAUAUUACUUGGUAUAUUAUUAGCUGCUAAGUGAUGGUGAGUAAGUGCAAUUGUAGUUGAGGAAAAAGGAGUGAUGAAAACCCAACAUUUGGCUCUGCACUUUUUCAUUAAACGCUGCUAUUCUUAAAAGCAUCUUCUAUUUAUAAGAGAGAGACCAAAUUUGAGAUCUCAGUUAAAGUACAAUAUGUUCAUGUGUUCGAGCAGAAUUAAUACAAAGUGUAGUUUUGCAUUCUGUUUGUGACCGUGUGUUCUUGAGAUAGUUGUAUUCAUCCACUUAUACAAGCAUGUGUUUAAGUCUGGCAUCCGUUUCAUUUGCAUCUUUCUGAGAAGUCGAUCUAAAUGAGAGUGAAUGUCAUACCUCCACUGCUGAUUACCUGAAAUUGUAGCUGAGACUACUGUUCAUGGCCUGAUGGUGCAGUUUCGUGUCUGUAGUAGUGGCCACGAGCAUUUUAAUCUGCAUGAUUACUGUCAUGUAAUAUGGAACAUUGUUGCCUUAGGCCUAAUUUACAGUGACUACCUUGAUUAGAAUCGAUAGGUUAGAAUUUGGUAUCAACCCCAACUGCUUGGAAGAGUCAAAUUAAAUCCAAUGGACACAUGGUACUGAAAGCAUGCACUGUACCGAUAGCACGAUAAGUUGUGUACACCUCCUGCAUGUAAGCUACAUUAAGAAAAAACAGGGAUAGGUCUUAGAGUAAGGUUGGUCUGACAGAAGUCUUGUACUUUGUAUAGUAUAUAUUUGUAACCCCUGAGCAACAGCUUCCGUGUGAACUCAACAAGAUUGUGUCAAUGUUUUACAAUCCUCUCCGAGUUGUUUACUACUUGUUGCCUCAAACUGACACUAUGUCAAUCCUCUGGUUUGUCUAUAAAUAUUAAGAAAAAUCAUUUAGUUAGGGAAUUCUUGGUGCAUAGAGUGGUAUUCAGCCUGUUUGCACUUUUUGAGAUGUAGAUCCUUGUUGGUACAAAGAUUGCACAUUUAUAUUACAAUGGUACACUGCUUUUGUGUCUGUAAAACCAACAAGAUUUGGCUUUUUUUCCCC